AUGUCCGCGAUGAACCUCAGCCGCGAGCAACAGAACGAGCUCCUCUUCGCAGGCUUCAACCAGGACAGCGGCUGCUUUGCCUGUGGAACUGACUCGGGUUUCAAGAUCUUCAAUUGCGACCCGUUCAAAGAGACGUUCCAUCGAGACUUUGCUAAUGGCGGCAUUGGCAUUGUGGAAAUGCUCUUUCGGUGCAACAUUCUGGCUAUCGUGGGCGGCGGACGCAAUCCGAGAUACCCUCCUAACAAGGUGAUGAUCUGGGACGACCAUCAGAGCCGCAACAUUGGCGAGCUCAGCUUUCGUAGCGAGGUGAAGGCUGUCAAGCUACGACGAGACCGUGUGGUAGUCGUGCUGCAGAACAAGAUCUAUGUCUACAAUUUCUCGGAUCUGAAGCUAGUGGAUCAUAUCGAAACAUUGGCGAACCCCAAAGGUCUGUGUGCCUUGUGUCCGAAUCCGUCCAACACGGUGCUGGCUUGUCCCGGUGUGACGCGCGGCACGGUCCGCAUUGAGCUGUACGAUUUGCGGAAAACGACGCUGAUUACCGCACAUGAAGCUGAGUUGUCACAGAUUUGCACAAACCUUGAUGGCACACGACUUGCAACAGCCUCGGACAAGGGAACUCUGAUUCGUAUCUUUGACACUCAAAGCGGUCAGAUCAUGCAGGAGCUGCGUCGUGGGGCCGAUCGUGCGGAGAUUUACAGCAUUUGCUUCAGCCCAACCGCCCCCUUGCUCGCGUGCUCCAGUGAUAAGGGCACAGUGCACGUCUUUUCGCUGACAGCAGAAGGUUCCGGCCAAAGCUUCACGUCCGAUCCAACCACGAUGGGCAGUGUUCCGUCGCAAAGCGUGCCGUCUCAUUUUUCAGCGGGAAGUGCGCCUCGCAGCGGUGAAGACGACGGUACUGAGAACUCCAAGUCGAGUUUGUCCUUCAUGCGGGGAUUGCUUCCGAAGUAUUUCAGCUCAGAGUGGAGUUUCGCCCAGUUCCGCGUACCGGAAACCCGAACGAUCUGCGCGUUUGGUACGGAGAAGAACACGAUUGUCGUCGUGGGAGCUGACGGAUCCUUUUACAAAGCCGUCUUUGAUGCCAACGGAGAAUGUCAGAACACGUCUUAUUCCAAGUUCAUUCAGUCUGACGAAGACGAAUAG